CCCGCCCCGGGUUCCUCUUUCCCGCGGACAAAGCACUCGGGAGGACUCGGCACAGCACCCCGGCGGCACGGAGGAGGAGGACUCAGCACAGCACCCACCCGCCGCGAUGCCGACCCCGGGGUCGCUGCUCCUGCUGCUGCUGCUGCCGGUCGCGGGUGCGGACCCCGUGCUCUGCUUUGCCCGCUACGAGGAGGCGACGGGCGCCUGCGCGGGGCUGAUCGGGGGCGGGGUCAGCGAGGACGCCUGCUGCCUCAACGCCGCCUACGGCUUCCGGGAGCGCGAGGGGGGCCCCUGCCUGGCCUGCGGGUCCCCGCGCUGGUCGCCGUGGUCGCCAUGGUCCCCCUGCUCCGUCUCCUGCUCCGAGGGUUCGCGGCUGCGGCACCGGCGCUGCGUGGGGCGGGGGGGGGGCGGGCGCUGCGGGGACGGCACGGAGCCUCGAACCCGGGACUGGGAGCGGGAGGCCUGCGAGGAGCGGCCGUGCUGCCCAGAGCCGGGCGGCUGGUCAGCGUGGGCGCCCUGGGGCCCCUGCUCCGCCACCUGCUCCGCUGGGACCCGGACCCGAGUGCGAGGAUGCGACCGCCCCCCCCCCACCUGCGGCGGCCGCUGCCCCGGGGAGGCCGAGGAGGCCGAGGCCUGCAACACCGCCACCGUCUGCCCCACGCACGGCGCCUGGUCGCCCUGGGGCCCCUGGAGCCGCUGCUCCGCUUCCUGCCACAGCCAAGGAGAUGGAGCCCAGGAUCCCCAGGAAUCGCGCGCCCGCACCUGCUCCGCCCCCGCGCCCUCCCAGAAUCCCCCGGGGCGGCCCUGCCCCGGAGCAGCGAAGGAGGAGCGGGCCUGCGUCGGCCUCCCGCCCUGCCCAGUGGACGGCGGCUGGGGCCCCUGGGGCGCGGUCGGCGCAUGCUCCGUGACCUGCGGCGUCGGCGUGACCCCGGAGCGCCGGUCAUGUGACAGCCCCGCCCCCCGCCACGGAGGCGCCGCCUGUGCCGGGGACGCCGCCCGGACCCAGGUCUGCAACACAGCCGUGCCGUGCCCCGUGGACGGCGAGUGGGGGCCCUGGGGCCCGUGGAGUCCCUGCCGGCGCGCGGCCGUGGCCGACAUCCGGUGCGCGGAGAUCCCGGGGCAGCAGUCUCGCGCGAGGACGUGCGCCGGCCGGAAGUUCGGCGGGAAGCGGUGCCCGGGCGACUACCAGGACAUCCGGCACUGCUAUGACGUCACCGACUGCGUCCUGAACGGUUCGUGGUUGCCCUGGGGCCCCUGGAGCCUGUGCACCCCGCCCUGCGGCCCCGAACCCACGCGCGUCCGCCGGCGUCUGUGCGACCCGCUGCUCCCCGAGUACCCGCGCACGCUGUCCCCCGUGGACGACCUCGCCCCCCCCAGGCCCGUCUCCUUCGCGGGGUCCCCGCGCCCGCGCUGCCCGGAGCUGCAGGGGCGCAGCCCGGAGGUGGAGGAGCGGAGGCCUUGCGCGCAGGCGCCGCCCUGUGCAGACGAGGGGGAGGGGGAGGGGGAGUGAGGGGGGGAGGGGCCU